AUGUCGAAUGCUUUCUGCGUCAACGGCAAUCACACGGUAGCCCAUGGCACUCGCGAAGGCAACAGCCAGAGCUCCGACACCGCCGCCCGCGCCAGAAACGACCAACCAUUGUCCGGGGGUCAGAUCACACCCCUUGAUCGCUUUGUACGCUGUAACCCCGCCGCAGAGGAUUGGCGCAACUUCUUCAUCAGGGAUCUCGUCAUAGGUGGCAGGCAGACGAGCAAGAUAUCUCAAUGGGACGAGCGUAUACUCGGCAAAGGUCCCGUCAUACGCCUUUCCAGAAUGCAAAGCUUCGACACACCGAGUCUCGCCCUCGUGGACGAUGUCCACGCACAUGUCACAAGUGCCACAUAUGUCUCUCAGCCAGGCCACGCCAACUCUUUGGCCGACUUCCACGGUAGGGUCGAGCGAGGACACAUUAGAACCUAG